AAGGCGUUUGCGAGUUGCGACGGUCAUUUGCUGUUUAGUGAUCAUUCGCCCGUCCGUCUGGUGCGAUCGUCUCGUUCCGAUCCUGCGCUGCAAUAACAAUAUUUGCAGUCUGUCGGCAAAUUAAAUUUCGAUCGCAUAAUAUUCCGAUUGACAUUGCCUACACGUCGCCGUAGCCCACAUUUUAAUACUUACCGUGUUGCGUGCGCGAGUGCAUUUCGUACGGUUCGUAUAAUAUUAUUUAUUAUUAUCGACAUCUAUACGGACGGACGAAAUUAAAUCGUAUUAGAUACAUUUAUUACGCUUUACGCACGUCUCCGGUAUUUUUUGUAUAACCCUAAUAUACAUUUAACCGCCAUGGCUCUGACGUCGUAUUUAACGGUGGCUAAUAUCGCCGUGCACGUGCUCGGCACCAUCACGUUCGUCUUCUCCGUCUACUAUAACUACGUUCACGUCAACAUACCCACGCAUGUGAAUCCCAUCGACGACGCAUUCGGUGGAAAAUUUAAAUACCUCACGUUUUUGGACGGAUGUUUUCAAGCAUUGUUCUUCCUAUAUGCAUUGGUUGUGGACGUUUUCCCGUUGAUUUUCCCUUCUAAAUCGUCGGUCUUGGAAACACUAUCUCAAGUAAAACACUUUUUCUUCGCCAGCAUUGCUUUUCCAUUAAGUAUGUUUGUGUCAACAACGUUUUGGAGCUUAUGGUUUAUCGACCGAAGUUUGGUGAUGCCUAAAGAUAUAGACUUAUAUUUUCCUGUUUGGCUGAACCACACAAUGCAUACGUUCGUAUUCGUAUUCGCCUGCCUAGAAAUGGUCACCGCCUACAGACCAUAUCCAUCCCGUAUUUUCGGGAUGACCACACAUAUUUGUUUGCAGUUGUCUUAUUUAAUAUGGAUUCAUAUUGUGUAUAGCCAGUGCCAUAUGUGGGUGUAUCCGAUCCUUUCUCAGUUGAACCUGCCAUUACGAUGCCUGUUCUUCCUGGGCACAUUUGUAUACACUUCCGUCUUAUACAUGGUUGGCGAAUAUUUCAACAAGUUUGUCUGGGGCUAUCAACCUCAAAAGGUUCAAGAAAAACGACAAUAAUACGGUUUAACUAUACAAAUGGUUGAUCAAAAACGCAUUACAUAAUAUAAUUAAGUUAUUUAACAAUACCAUAUUACAUCAUUGUACAUAAUAUUUUUAUCAAAGCUUAAUUUGCUUAUAAAUGCAUGCAUUUAAUUUAAUAUUUUGGUUUGACUAAUUUUGUAGUGCACUCAUAUAUUUUAUGUAUUUAACAAAUUGUAUAUUAUUAACAUUGUUACAAUGCCAUGUAGUCAUUUCGACUUGUGCGAUCGAUAUAGUAUUAUUACCUUGUACCAGUUAUGCCUAGGUACUCAUAAUAAAUAGUUGUAAGGUUGUAUAAUACAUUUAAUUAUCUUUAUUAUUUAUUUGUAUAAUUGAUAGUUGAUACUGAAAAACAUAAGCAAAAUUCAAUCAUAGGUAAUUCUAUUUUUUUUUAUCAUUUUUUGCAAUAGUCAUACCUCACAAUACGACUGCAGUUUGUAACCUCGCCCAGGAUGAUAUAUCUAUGUUAUUAAUUGAAUUGAACGUUCCGGUAUCGUGAAUAAGUCAAUAUAAAUUUCAAUUGAUUAUA